GUUUUCUUUGCGGACGUGUGUGAAAGAUAUCCAUGAAUGGUGUGAUGGGAGAUACAUUUGCUGUUGUGCCAGGCAGUGUACCCCUCACUUAAAAUUGUAUUAGACCUUCUGCUUUAUUUAUUUUUUAUUUGAAUGUGAAGUUGGAAUAUAUAUUUCACUGGGUUUAAUCAAUCAUUAUCAAGGAGAGAGAGGCAGGCAGAAUCAUCGACAGCUGUGCUUGGAGCCCUAGCCUGCUGCUAUAGCUAGCAAGCGCGAGACUUGUGUAGAAUUACAGGACAGCGCUUCACGGGCUAGUUAGCGAUCAUGCUUCGAGACAACAUGACCUCCAUCGUACAGAAAAUUGCUAGACAGGCGCUUGUAACUUUUAGAAACCCAUCUUCAUUCGGUGAUAAAACGUUUUUGGGUAAUCAAUGUAAACUCCAAAGCCUCAUGACCGAAAUCAGAGCUGCGGAUCUGAAGAUCCCUCCAAGGAAAGUUGACAGCGCUUCUACGCCUUUGCCACACAACCCCCCGGUCACAUACAUGCACAUAUGCGAGACAGACGAAUUCAGCAUGGGGGUGUUUCUGCUAAAAAGUGGUGCUUCCAUCCCCUUGCACGACCACCCGGGAAUGUACGGAAUGUUGAAAGUUAUGUAUGGCAAGGUUAGGAUCACCUGUUUUGACAGGUUGGACAAAUCAUCUAGCGUGGCCAGUGACACGCAAUUCAACCCUCCACUGCUACCUUUUCAGAGAGGUGCGCUGAGGAGGUCGAUACUUGGGUCGGUCGGGGAGUUUACAGAAGAAAGCGGACCGUGUAUCUUGACCCCUGACCGAAACAACCUUCACCAAAUCGAUGCAGUCGAUGGGCCUACCGCUUUCCUCGAUAUUUUGGCACCCCCAUAUGAUCCAGACGACGGGAGAGACUGUCAUUAUUACAAAGUUCUGCAGUCUGCCCCGGAUUCUGAGGACAAAAAGGCUGACGGUCAAAAAGAAGUUUGGCUGAUGGAAGUAUCCCAACCUUCUGAAUUCUGGUGUGGUGGUGAACCAUACCCCGGCCCUGAAGUGAAGAUCUGAAGCGCACUAGCUAUGAACGCUGAAUUGAUUUGUGAACCAUUGAUUCUCAGGACCAUGUCAAAACAAUAUGUAAAUGUAUGACGAUCAUGAUUCCUACAAUGAUGGAUUAUGGAAUGGGAUGUGUCACAGUGCUGUGUAAUGGGAAAACAUGUCUUGUGAACUAAAAGCACGAUUCCUAAAUUGGACUAUGCAUUCUGCCUGUAAUGAAAGUACUUAAGCAGUUGAUAAAUUGUGAUCUUUGCACAUCAGCGCUAAUGUAUUUCAAUUUUUGAUGAGCAUUCCAUGUCUUGAAAUGAACUGAAACCAUACACAUUACUCAAAAUAAAAACAUAAAGGUGGAUUAAAACUAAAUGGCUAAAUGGUGGUGUUCAAGCACAUUAAAAUGUCUAAAGCCAUGA